GAUAAUAGUAACAAUGACAGUGAUGAUGAUGAUGGUGAUGAUAAUGAUGAUGGUGAUCAUGAUAGUGAUGAUGAUGAUGAUAGUGGUCAUGAUCAUAAUCAUGAUGGUGAUGAUAGCUAUUGUGAUGAUGAUAGUGAUAAUGAUGAUGGUGAUAAUGAUGGUGGUGAUGAUUAUGAUUAUCAUGAUGGUGAUGAUAGUGAUGAUGAUAGUGAUGAUGAUUAUGAUGAUAAUGAUGGUGGUGUUUAUGGUAAUAAUUAUGGUGAUGAUGAUGAUGAUGGUAGUGUUGAUGGUAAUAAUUAUGGUGAUGAUGGUGUUGAUAAUUAUGGUGAUGGUAGUGAUGAUGGUGUUGACGGGGGUGUUGAUGGUGAUAAUUAUGGCGAUGAUGAUGAUAGUGAUGACACUGGUGUUGAUGGUGAUGAUAAUUAUGGUGAUGAUAGUGAUGACGGUGUGUUGAUGGUAUAA